AUGCCGAAUACGUUCGUGAAGUGGAGUGCGGCACUGCUCGGUACAUUCGUUGCCGGGACGUUCUUCCAGGUCGCGAGGAUCGCCUUUGGGCGUUAUCUGGAGUUGGUGUGGCAGAAUUAUAGCGACAUCUACGGUGCGCUGGCGAUGCUGGUUAUCUUUGCUAUCUGGACAUACGUGGCGUGGGUGGUGAUCCUGCUCGGUGCGGAGGUCUCGAAUUCUGUCCAGCAUUUCCGUCAGCAGGACCUUGUGCGCGAGCGGUUUCGCUAUGAGUCCAACGGCUAUCUGAACGCUGCUGGUGUGAUUACGUUGUUUCUGAUCGUUGCGGAACGUUUUGCGAAGGGUGAGGGUGCGUGUUUGGCGGAGGAGGUUGCUGCGCGUUCGGGUGUUUCAGCAGAGGUUGUGCAUCAGAGUUUUGAACGGUUCAAGGCGGCGGGGUUAAUCUAUGAGGUUGGCGGGGAUACGGAUGGGUAUCUCCCGGCGCGUGCGUUAGCGGAUAUUACACUGGCGGCGGUUGUGGAUGCGGUUGAGGGUGAGAUGACAACACAUUUUGCGCAGGGAAUGUCGUCUGAGUCGGGCGGGCGCGUGUUGGGGACGCUCCAGCAGUCGCAGCGGGACUGUUUGGAGCAGGUUACGGUCGCGUCGUUGUUGUGA